UCAAACGUUUGAUGAAAGAGGCUGCAGAACUGAAGGAUCCUACAGAUCAUUAUCAUGCACAGCCUUUGGAGGAUAAUCUUUUUGAAUGGCACUUUACUGUUAGAGGCCCUCCAGAUUCAGAUUUCGAUGGAGGGAUUUAUCACGGGCGAAUAGUACUACCACCUGAAUAUCCCAUGAAACCACCCAGCAUUAUUUUGCUGACGGCCAAUGGCAGGUUUGAAGUGGGGAAGAAAAUUUGUUUAAGCAUCUCAGGGCAUCAUCCUGAAACAUGGCAGCCUUCGUGGAGUAUAAGAACAGCUUUACUAGCCAUUAUUGGAUUUAUGCCAACCAAAGGUGAAGGAGCAAUAGGAUCUCUAGAUUAUACACCAGAAGAAAGAAGAGCUCUUGCAAAGAAGUCACAAGACUUUUGUUGUGAAAUGUGUGGCACAUCUAUGAAGACAGCCCUCUUACCACUAACAUCCGGAAGCGUGUCGAGCCAGGCGGACAAGGAGGCUAAAGAACUUGCCAGACAAAUUAGCUUCAAGGCAGAAGUCAAUUCAUCCAGGAAGUCUGAUGCUGGACCCUCAAACACAUCAGGAUUGAACCACUCUGCCGCUUCACGUGAGCCCCAGCAGGAUGGUGCAGCUAGAGCCUUCCAGGAUCCAAGAAGUGCAACGUCUGAAACUCAGAAUAGCAGUGCAGCAGCCAGUCAAGAGCGUACUCCACCUGUGUCCACUAACACGUCUAUGAGUCCACGGCAGCGCCGUGCCCAGCAGCAGAGUCAGAGACGGGUUCCAUCUUCAACUGACUUUAAUCGGGUCCAGCAACCAAGAGUCAACAUGAACCACACUGGAUCAACUGUUCUGAUUGUCCUUCUGACUUUUGCACUGGCAGCUCUUAUAUUUCGUAGAAUAUGUUUGGCUAAUGAAUAUAUAUUUGAGUUAUAAGGUUGUUUCUGUUGUAACAGCAGUGGCUUGAAUGCUUCAUUGAACAUUCUGUAUUGGGUAUGACAUGAAAACUGUUUACAAAG